AAUCAGGGCACUUGGUCCUUGUCUUUCACCACCUAGGAAACAUGUGCUCUGGAAAGGAUUUGAUUGUCAAAGAGCCAAGUUCUAAAAUCUAAAGUCCCAAAGAUCAGAGGUUAUGCGGAGAGCAGUUGACGCAUGAAAGAUUUCUGAGGAACAUAUGGACCAGCUGAAAAAGGAAGCUUUCCUUGGCAUAGGAGUCCAUGCAAUUUCUGCCACUGGAGCCAUUUUUGCCAAUUCCCUAGUUUCUAUGUCUCAAAACUCCCAACUCCUUUUAUAAUAUGCUUUCUUUCAUUGUCCAGCCCAAAAAUAAAGACUGCUUCUUUUGUUAUAUGUUUUGUUUUGUUAGGGUGAGCUAGUUAGUUUGAGAACAUGUAUGUUAACCUAAUUAGCUUGUAAUAACUAACUAAGGUCUUGUGUGUUCAAACCAAACCAGAGAAACACUUUUGAUGUUUUUUCUGAAAUCUUUUUAUUUAUUUACAUGCUUAAACAUUAAUUCAAUCGUUUUAACAUGCUUAUGGAGAUUCUGCUUUUUGAGGAUUGGUGGUUGCUAUACCUUUUGCAAAUCUGCCUGUGAUUAAUGUAAUAGGAUUAGAUUUUACAUUGGAUUUUUAUGACAAUUAGAUAUAUACCUCAAGAAAAACAAAUAUUGAUGAAGAAAUAGUAAUAACUUGUAGAUUCUUUUAGUUGAUAUAGACCAAUUUGUGAACAGGUGAAUAAUUCAAGGAGUCCUCCCAGAGAAAAGUUUGCUUGUUAUGGAGGGUAAGUCUUAAUUUGAAUAGGUCAACUGUGUAUGCAUCAUGGCUACAAAUAUUCAUUUCCCACAGAUAAGAGCACUCGCAAUGGAUGAGGCAAAGUUGGCAAGGAAAGGAGGAAGAAGAAGAAGAAGAUAUGGCAGAGGCUGUUGUUUCCUUUGUGCUUGAAAGACUUGAAGAUCUGGUGCUAUCUGAAGCUGAAUUCUUGAUUGGAAUCAAAGACCAAGUUGAGAAUGCACAGACCAAGCUGCAAUGCAUGAGAGCUUUCCUGAAAGACGCAGAUGCUUGUGUAAGAAAUGGCGAUGAAAGAGUACAGCUUUUGGUUGUCAAAGUCAGAGAUACCUCUUAUGACUUGGAAGAUGUUAUUGAAACUUAUGUCUUCAAAGUGGCUUCUGAGGAUGAGAGUGGUGGAGGCAUCAGACGUGUUCUGAAAAGGGUUGUUCGUAUCAUUGAUGUUCAUAAAGUUGGAUCAAAGAUAAGGAAGAUAUCAUCCAACAUUGAUACUUGUACAUCAGAAUUACUCAAGUAUGGAGUAAAGGAAUCAAUGAACAAGGCAGCUGAAACUUGUUCAAGGCAGGUCCAAGAGCAAAGAGAGUUUAGGCGAGCUUAUUCUCAUUUUGUGGAGAAUGAUGUCGUUGGAUUCGGCAAAGACAUCAAGGAAUUGGUAGACCAUCUGACAGUGAAUGAGAAUCCUAAUAGGCAUAGGCAUAGGCAUAGGGUGAUUUCUAUAAGUGGAAUGGGAGGUUUAGGAAAGACUACUCUUGCAAGAAAGGUUUAUUACCAUCCUGAUCUUAGAAAACACUUUGAGUGUUUUGCUUGGGUCUCAAUAUCUCAACAGUGUGAUGUGCGAGACGUAUGGGAAGGAAUUUUAUUUGGUUUGACUUCUCCAACACAGGCAAAAAGACAGGAAAUUAAAAGCAUGGGGGCUAGUGAGCUAGCAAAGGAGCUUUAUAACCUUCAGAAACAGAGAAAAUGUUUGGUACUCCUUGAUGAUAUUUGGACCACUUCAACUUGGGAUCGUCUGAAAGCUGCAUUCCCUCUAGACCAAACAUGUAGCAAGAUUUUACUCACUACUCGAGUAAAGAAUGUAGCUUUGCAUGCAGAUCGAAAUGGUUUGAUCCAUGAACUUCAGUGUCUCAGUGAGAAUGAGAGCUGGGAGCUGUUUCAGAACAAGUCCUUUUGUUUUGGAAAUGAUCCAACAAGCUCACAAGACAACGAGAAAAGAAAGAAAGAAAUAGGAAGAGAAAUGCUUAAAUAUUGUGGUGGUUUGCCAUUGGCCAUCAUUGUGCUUGGUGGGCUUCUAUCUACGAAACACACAGUUAAUGAAUGGGAAGCGGUGAGAAAGAAUAUAAUGGCAUAUAUAAGGAAAGGCAGACCAAACGAUGACUCGAAAUACAAUAGUGUUUCAUGGGUCUUAGGUUUGAGUUACGAUGAGUUGCCAUAUUACUUAAAACCUUGUUUUUUAUACUUGGCUCGGUACCCUGAAGAUGUCACUAUACAAGUAAAAGAAUUAUGCCUUUUAUUGAUAGCAGAAGGGUUUAUAUCAUUAAGGGAAAGUUCAGUAGAGACCGUCGAGGAUAUGGCAUAUGAUUACUUAAGUCAGUUGGUGGAGAGAAGCAUGAUCCAAGUAGAAAAAUGGGGUUCAAUAAAAAGAUUGAAAACAUUUCGUAUUCAUGAUCUCAUGCGCGAUUUGUGCUUGUCUAAAGCCAAAGAAGAAAGCUUUCUACAGUUUGUUGAUUUAAGGAAUAAAAAGGAGGAGCCAUUAGAUUAUGUACUUGCAAAUGUACGUAGAGUUGCCAUCUACUUCGAUGAUGAUCGUGUUGAUGAUUUUUAUCAGUUUAUUGGCAAUACAAAUUGCUCUCUGAGGUGUCUUAUUGUAGAUUUGGGCAGAGGUGAUUCUAGAAAAAGAUUGGUCCCUGAGUUCAAUCGCUUUCUGAUGCUUAGAGUCUUGAAUCUUGAUUUCUCGUUUUUUAAACCAAGUGCUUUUGCAACACUACCAACUGUGAAGUUGCCUAAAAAAAUUGGGAAUCUUAUCCACCUGAGGCUGUUGAGUGUUCAUAACAUGAUUGUGGAAAAGAUCCCAUCUUCUAUUGGGAAUUUGAGAUGUCUGCAGACUUUGAAAUUAGACCACAUAAUAAUCAACGAUGAUAAACUACCAAAUGUGAUAUGGAAGUUGGAACAAUUGAGGCACUUAUACAUGUUGGAAACUUAUGAUGUAGCAGGUGGUGAGUGGUUGAGGUUACUUAAUCUUAAAAAUGUACAAACAUUGUCAGGUGUUCCAACCAAGUACCUUCACAGGGAUGAUUUUUGGCAGCUGAAGAAUCUCAAGAAAUUAUGUAUUCAUGUGGGAAAAAGCUUAGGGAAAAUCUUUCACAAUCCCCCAACUGUCAAAUUCAACAGUCUAUCAUCUUUGACAGUGGAUAGGGAUGUGUCAGAUAGCAAUGUUGGUGAAAUUAUAGAUAUUGUUCCUAUGAUAUUAAGCUGUCCUGAAAUUUAUAAGCUUACAUUGUGGCUGCCUAUGCUAAAGUUACCAGAAUUCAACCAACUCUCCCCAAACCUUAUGAAGUUAGUGUUAAGGUAUACUAAUCUCACUGUUGAUCCAAUGCCAACCUUAGAAAAGCUACCAAAUUUAAGAUUUCUUUUCUUUUAUCAGAAGAGCUUUAAGGGGAAUGAGAUGGUGUGCUCGAAAGGAGGAUUCCCUCUCCUUGAUUCUCUUUUGCUUCAAGGUCUAUUUGUCUUAAGGGAGUGGAAUGUGGAGAAAGGGGCGUUGUCUAGUCUUCGCCAUUUGGAGAUUGUUGAUUGUAGUAGAUUGAGGAGAAUUCCCGAUGGGAUAAGAUAUGUUACUACGCUUAAGGAAAUAAAGAUUGAAAAUAUGCCUAUGAAAUUCAAAGAAGGGGUGGAGGAAGGGGGAGAGGAAUUCUACAAAGUCGAGCACGUGCCUUCCCUUGUGUUUUCGCGCAUAUAUACAGAUUAAUUGGAUGAGGAGCAUGCGCUGGCCAGUGGCUGAAGGAGGAUCUCUACUUCUUUUCUUACAUUUAGUUGCUGAAUAAUGUUUGGAUUUAGAGUGUGGCUUUUAUUCUAUAGUUAGUAUUGUUUGGAUUUAGAGUGUGAUUUUUAUUCAGUAUUGAAUAUUGUUUUAUUUCUGCAGUGGCUUUUCAAUUUUAAUGUUUUUCACUUUCAGUUGAAGUUGUAUAUAUAAUACUGUAAACUUGAAGCAUGAUGAUGUGCUUUCUUCUAUAUGUAAUGUUAUUUUCUUAAGUAAUUCUUUAUUA